AGACAGUUGAGUUUACCCAAGCUACUUGCUCAAAAGUAUAACAUAAAAAAGUGAAAAUGGGAACUACUUGCUUUGCAUUUCUUCUCUUUAGCCACCAUUUAGGACCAUUGAUAGAAGUAAAGAUUUCCUGGACACGAUGAUGAUGCGUUCUCUAUAAGCCAUUUCCUUCCCCUUAGCCCACAGCCCUUACUCAAAAAACCCUAGAUCUUACUCUCCAGAACACCUUUUCUCUUAUUAUCACUCCACUACCUUUCAACACCUUUAUUUUUAUCUACUUUCUUACUUACAUAUAUAAAUAUAUUUUUGUCAGAUCUGAGCAUUCCUUUUUAGCUAGAAAUUCCUCUCCUGAAACUAACGACCUUGCUUAGCUUGUCUAAUUCUGAUAUUUAGUGCUAUUAAUUAUUGAAUUUUGUAAUAUUUAGUGCUUAAUUUCCACUUGAUCUGCUUAAAAUGGUAUCAGAUUAUGAAAUUCACGAGUAUUAAGAUUAAUUAAUUAAUUAACUAAUCAAUUAACUAUAGUUGAUUUAGAUCUAGGAUUUAUUAGUGCCAUGUUUUAUAUGUGAUACUUUUAGGACUUUUUUAGUGAUCAGAUUAUCAAAAUGGCAAUGCCACCAGGAAAUGUGGUCAUACCGGACAAAGUUCAGUUUCCUGCUGGUGCUGCCGGUGGCGGAGGUGGUGGAAAUGAGAUCCACCAGCACCAACUCCAAAGGCACCAGUGGUUCCCUGUCGACGAGCGCGACGGGUUUAUCUCGUGGCUGAGGGGGGAAUUCGCUGCUGCCAAUGCGAUUAUUGAUUCUCUCUGCCACCACCUGCGUGCCGUCGGGGAAGCUGGUGAGUAUGAUUUAGUUGUAGGGUGUAUACAGCAGAGGAGGAGUAAUUGGAAUCAUGUGCUGCAUAUGCAGCAGUACUUUUCGGUGGGGGAGGUUAUUGUUGCAUUGCAACAAGUUGUAUUGAGGAGACAGCAGCAGCAGCAGCAGCAGCAGCAGCAGCAGCAGAAUCAUCAUCAUCAGCAGAGGUUUUAUUACGAUCACGGUAAAGUUGGGGGAAGGGAUUUUAAGAGAUCUUCUAGUGCCGGGUUUAAUAGAGGACAUAGGGGGGGUGGUGGUGGUGGUGGUGGUGAUGCAGUGAAAGAAGGGGUUAAUUCUAGUGUAGAGAAUCAUAGUUUUAAUGGAAAUUCUUCGGAGAAUAUUAGGAGUGAGAAAUUUGAGGAGGUAAAAUCCGGUGGUGAUGGUGGGAAAUCUGACGAUAAGAAAGCAGAUGCUACUGCAAAAUCACAUACAGAUAACCACAAGAAUAGUUCGGGGAAUGCACAAGGAACCUUUUCUGGAAAUUCAGAAGCUGUGGCUGUUGAUGAUCGGUCUAGCCCCGAAGAGAGUGAUUCACAUCCUAGCAACAAUCAGAAUGAGAAGCAGAAUCUUGCUAUCACUCCAAAAACAUUUGUUGCUGAGGAGAAGAUAGAUGGACAGAUGGUUAAUGUGGUUGAUGGACUGAAAUUGUAUGAAAACUUGCUUGAUGGCUUGGAAGUUUCAAAGCUUGUUUCUUUGGUUAAUGAGUUAAGAGCUACUGGGAGAAGAGGACAGUGUCAAGCAGGUCAGACAUAUAUCCUCUCCAAAAGGCCCAUGAAGGGACAUGGAAGGGAGAUGAUACAAUUGGGUCUUCCCAUUGCAGAUGCACCCGCAGAAGAUGAAAAUGCAACUGGGACCUCCAAAGAGCGGAGAGUAGAAUCCAUUCCUGCAUUGCUGCAAGAUGUAAUCGAACAUUUUGUUGCCAUGCAAGUUAUGACCAUGAAGCCAGACUCUUGCAUAAUUGAUAUCUAUAAUGAGGGUGAUCACUCCCAGCCUCACAUGUGGCCUCCAUGGUUUGGAAAGCCUGUUUCAGUUCUUUUCUUGACAGAAUGUGAGCUGACUUUUGGGAAAGUAAUUGAUACCCUGCAUCAUGGGGAUUAUAAAGGGUCUCUCAAGCUUUCUGUUGCACCUGGAUCCUUACUUGUGAUGCAAGGGAAGUCAUCAGAUUUGGCCAAGCAUGCAAUCCCCAUGAUUAAAAAGCAACGGAUGCUUGUUACCUUCACCAAGUCUCAACCAAAGAAACUUACAUCUAAUGAUGGCCCGCGGCUUCCUUCACACGCCGUAGCCCCAUCUUCCCAUUGGGGUCCACCGCCAAGCAGAUCCCCGAAUCAUCUUCGUCAUCCUGUGCCCAAGCAUUACGCAGCAAUUCCAACAACUGGUGUACUGUUAGUGCCGCCUAUUCGGCCUCAAAUUCCACCUCCAAAUGGUGUACAGCCACUCUUCAUGACCACCCCAGUUGCAGCACCAAUGCCAUUCCCUGCACCAGUUCCCAUCCCACCAGUUUCAACUGGAUGGCCUACAUCCUCUCCAAGGCAUCCUUCGGCUCGCCUACCUGUCCCCAUCCCCGGCACAGGUGUUUUCCUCCCUCCUCCAGGUUCCGGCAAUGCAUCAUCUGCACUGCAGUUGUCGGCGACUGCUACUGAGAUGAAUUUUCCUACAGAGACAGAAAAGGAAAAGGAAAAUGGACCAGGAAAGUCCAAUCAUGAUACAAGUGCUUCUCCAAAAGAGAAAUCUGCUGAAAAGACUCAAAGACAAGACUCCAAUGGAGAUGUGGAUGGAAUAGCUGUGAAAAAGGAAGAACAGCAAAGUGUUAGCCAUACAGUAGCUGGCCAGUCAGCUGGAGCAGUGUAGAGAGGGGGGGCGAGUAUUUUGUCAAAUGCUAGAGGGGUAGGCUCGGCUUGAAAUGAGUUCAAAGCAAAUGUAAAAAGAGCGCGGCAGAACAUCUGAGACUUUGACAUUUCAUACUACUCGCGGUGACAAAGGGGGUGAGGAACAACCCUGUUCUCUUGGCAAUCCCUUCUGUUCCCUGUUUCUUUUUUUGCUGUCUUACUAUAUGAACUCAAUACACUAGGCAGAAACCUCAUCUUAAUUUAACACCCACAUACCUUCUUCAGAAAA